CUGCAUUCACUCAUUCACAUGUAUGUGUGUCUGUCAAAUGUAUUGAUUGAUGGGUUCACGUCACGUCACGUCCAAGAGGCCUUGUCAACUUAACUUCGUCGCGUCCAACAAACGAAAUGAAGAAACGAAAUGAAAAGGCGUCACGCGAGCCACACUCGUCUAGUCAUGUUUACUACGCAAUAAACCGCGCGCAGUUUGAUUGAUAGGUGAAGACACCUGAGACAUAGACGCCCCCUCGCGGCAAGGAAUCGUGUGAAAGGUGAAGGUGGAAGAAGAGCGUGUUUGUUGACGACCGACCCACCUCCUACAGGUGACCGAGCGACGAUCGGCUGGCUGGCCGGGCAGAAGAUAGAUAGAUAGCUACAAGUUGUGUGUAUACGUCACUCUAACGGAAAUGGACCCUCACAACGGGGGUCACUCUCUUCAACACACAGCCAAUGGGUGCGGUGGAUGGCUGUGUGUUGCCCGUCAGCAACCACACACGGAAAACCAGCGCACUAAAACGGCACUCACUCUCCCAGAGCACCCUCCUUCUCUCUCUCUGUGUGUGUGUGUGUGCUGGUUAGACGCAUCCAUCCAUUCGUUGAGAGCGUAUAACGCAGCCAGAGACAGCACCGCCCCCCUAUCAACUCAACUCACUCACUGCACGAACAGACAAACAAAUAACUGAUCCAGCAAAAAUGAGGAUAAACUCAGACUUGAUCACAUGGUAUGCAUGACAACAGGCAGGUGAGCAUCUCUCUCUCUCUCUCUGUGUGUGUGUGUGUGAGUGCCGCCUGUCUGCCUGCUUUCUUUCUUGCAGUGGCAGUGGGCAGCCAGGCGGCACACACAACGCAACACACACCACACACACAGCAACACAAGGACGGUGGGGGCGCUGGGCUCAAAUGGGGCAAAACCACACACACACACACACACUCACACACACACGAGAAGCUAAGGGACACAGGCAGACACGCAAGGCAAGCCAAUGGCUCGCCCACCCUCACACCGAUCCACUCAACCAGCCAACCUUCCAGUCAAUCCAACGAAAUGAGCGCACAUACAGGCUGACUUGAAAAGCGGCCACAGGCAGGCAGGCAGGCAGGCUGGCUGCCCGCAGGCAGUGAGUGAGAGCGUGAGGUGAGGUGACGCUGGCUCGCUCCAUCAUGUUGCCAUCGUCACCUGCCCGCCCAGACGCGCACACACGUACGUACUUACCUUCACUUCAACAUAGGCACCCACACCCACACCCAGAGAGGGAGGGAGGGAUGGAGGGAGACAUGCCUAUAUCCACAUUAUGUACUCACAACAUCACGCACAGCAAAGCACAAACCCGUCGUGUCGUAACCAAGAGGCACUCACGUGCGCUGCGCGAAGAAGAGACUAGAACACAAAGAUAGCCCACCCCAACAUGGCCGUCACCAUCACCAUCCCACCCCCCACCCCCACUCUCAGCCCGCCACACCGCCCAACGGCCCCCGAUGGUGUGAGGUCUUCCUCCACCGACGGCCCCUCUGCCCUUGCACUCAACGCCUGCAGCCUCUCACGGUGCCUCAGCGUCUCCCUCCUCUCGCCCAGCUGCACCCCCGCAUACCGCCCCAGCAUCAUGACGGUCGCCAUGGGGUUGACGCGCGUCACGGCGGGGAUGACCGAUGCGUCCACCACGUGCAGGUUGCUCGUUCCAGUAAGGAGAAAGUCGUCUCCCUCGAUGAGCGUGCCCAUCGCGACUGUCCCGCAGUAGUGCCAUAUAGAGAGGUAGAGAUGCUCGCCAACCGCCGUGAAAACCUCCUCGAGGGCCUCGGGCGACUCGCCUGCCUCCAUGAGUGUGGCGUUGAUGCCUGGCGGAAAGAGCUGCAGCUCCGCGCCGGGCUUGGCGUACUUGGAUGGCGGGAAGAUGAGUCCGAGGGAUGUCUUGACCAUGCCCUUCCUGAAGAGGUCGGCGUCGAAGCACGAGUCCUCGCCGUUCUGCGUGAUGGCCUUCAUCGGGUCAGACGACAGCAGACGGAGACUCUCUGAACAGAAACACACAGAGACAACGGGAUGGCCCACAAUGAGUGCACUCGUGGGACAGCAACCCACCCCACCUUUGAUGGCGAGGCCGGCCGCCUGCCGGUCCCUCGGGGCGUCGAAGUACUUGGGGUCGAUGAGUGUGGUCCCGUUUUCACGGAGGGUCACCCGCCCUCGUGAGAGCGGCUCCGUCACCCACGUCAGCAGCGACACCCCCUGGAUGGCACACGUGCUCACGUUGGCCUCCUGCUCGUUGCACUGCUCCGGCACCGUCACGUUGGUGUCCACUUGCGACGAGUUGAGGGCGAUCUCGAUGCCGAGCGCACAGUCCCAGAAGCCCUGCAAUAACCGGGCCAGCAGGGGGCUGAUGCGGCCCUUCUCCGCGGCCUUGUGCGCGUUGAGUAUCAUGCCUGUCGUCAUGCCGUAGCCCUGAGAGAGCUCAUCCUGCAAUCAAGGAGGGAAGAAUGGAAGCUGCUUGGUGUGGUUCUGCGUGUGUGUGUGUGCGCGCGUGUCUGUGGUGGGUUACGAUGAGUGUGAAGUGACACUGGUCAUUCGCCGAGGGGUUCUCGGCGUCGCAGCCUGGUCCGGCGUAUCGUGUGGCCAUCAGCGACUGGAUCGUCACGGGGCCGGGCUCCUUGAGCGCCACGCCAAUGGGAAUCUGCAAAGCAUAACCCACAAACAAAGACAGCUUCACCAAACAGCCAUAUCUCCCCAUCUCCCGCCUCCAUGUGUCGCCAUGAUACCUGAGGAUGGUCGUGCAGAUUAGACCCAACGCUCUCCAAAUCCAGCAGAACCUCGAUGCCCGCCGCUUCAAGCACGUCGCGCGGACCCAGACCACUUCGCAUGAGGAUCGCCGGCGUAUGGAUCGCACCAGACGCCAAAACGACUCGCCCGCCGUCCCUAACGCAAACCCGCCUCCUCACACGCUCGGCGCCCUCAGUGGCAUUCAGCUUGUCGUAGACGACGCAAGUCGCCCUCAGCUGGCCCCCUGUCUCGACAGCCUCAAGAUCGAACUCAAUGUGCUGCACCUCAGAGAGCACCUGCAGCGUCACCGCCGAUCCGUUCAGCAGCUCAUCGGCGGCGUGGCGUCGGUCUGUCUCGGUGUCGAAGAUGGAGUAGGUGCGCCACGACAUGGGAGUGUCGGCCACACGGGCAGUGCCCUCGUCGCCCACCCAGGGGUACCCGGCCUGCUCGAGCGACGACCGGAGAGCCCUGCCCCAUUGGCCCCCCUGCGGCGAAGGGCGGACGAUGCCCGAGUCCCUCAGCCAGUGGUAGCUGUCGUUGAUGAGGGUACGGUUGAGGGUGACCUUGUGUGCCUCCUCAAGAUGGUCGAAGUAAGACAUGUCCUCCUCAAUGUACACCCCCGCGUUGAUGGCCGUGCCGCCGCCGGUCACUCGACCGAUGUGGCCGAUGACGCCCUGGGGGGUCUCGAACUGCUCGGAUAUGGUGGGGCUGAGCAUGGCUGUCUGGCCGCCCGUCUUGGUGACGGCAUCCUCGAACUGCUGCCGGUCGUCGCCCCGCUCCAGCAGCAGCACAGCCUGGCUAUAUUCAGAUAGGGUGCGGGCCAGGGGGCAGCCGCCCGCACCGGCACCGAUGACGAUCGUGUCGUAAAGAGCCUCGUCCGUCUCAACGGCAGCGUCUGAAGGAAACACACACACAAGGGUGCAACAGUCACGCAUUCCUGUCCGUUUGAGAGUUGAAUGCUGACCACCGAUGGCGGCGUCAAGGGCAGUGCGGUUGGCCUCGACUGGUUCCACCUGCCCAUGACAGGGCGUGGGAGAGAGGAUUAAACUCCCAAGAGUCAGGAGAGGGACCAGAGCAGCCACGCGCAUCGACCACACGCAUGCACUGAGCCGGCCGGCGAAGGAUCUGCCCCCCAAAAGAGCAGCGGAAUGACCCAGAUGGAGUGAAGGCCCGACGGAUGGGAUGGCUGCACGAGGGAUGGUCAGCCGCCAAAUUGCACGAGAAUGGGUGUAGUCGUUGAGGUCAACGCUGAGAGAUGUAAGGAGAGAUAACCGUUCAGGGCUGCUCCUGGUACGUCAGGCAGCACCAGGGGGCACAG